ACUGAUUGGUCAGUCGGGAUCAGGAAGCGGUGAGCUGACUGUUGACAGCUCUCCAGUGAACGAAGAUGGUGAAACGCUGUAAUCUUAGCCUGUAAUCCUCCGGCACUUUUCUGAGCUUCAGCCGAGUUGUCCUGCUGUAAGGUUUUCUCCUAAAAGUUCACUUAAAGCCUGGCAAUCAGAGAUGGACGGUGGAUCAGAGGUGCGACUGGAGGCCUCCACCUUCUGCUGCUCCACCUGUGAGGCAGCACCAAUCACAGGUCGCCGCUCCGCUCAACGCAUGAAGGCCCGCAGCCUGAGCACCUCCUCAGCCACUUACUCAGAACACAGGAGGAUUCAGUCGCUUCAUGGACCGAGUCCUGUCACCACAUUUGGCCCAAAGGCAUGCAUGCUCCAGAACCCACAUGCUGUGAUGCAUAUUCAGGAUCCCGCCAGCCAGAGGCUGACGUGGAACAAGCCUCCUAAAAGUGUCCUUGUCAUCAAGAAGAUCCGAGAUGCCAGCCUGCUGCAGCCCUUCAAGGAUCUCUGCACGUUCCUCACCGAGGCGAAGAACCUGAUGGUUUACGUGGAGAAGAAGGUCCUGGACGAUCCGGCCAUUUCAGGCGACGAAGUUUUUGCCGCCAUCACUAAGAAAUUUUGCACUUUCAGAGAAGAUCUGGACGAUAUCUCCAAUCGUGUGGACUUCAUCAUCUGCCUCGGUGGAGAUGGAACGUUGCUGUACGCGUCUUCGCUUUUCCAGGAGAGCGUCCCCCCUGUCAUGGCCUUCCACCUGGGCUCUCUUGGCUUCCUGACGCCGUUCAAGUUCGAUACGUAUCAGUCUCAGGUCACGCAGAUCAUCGAAGGAAACGCCGCCAUUGUGCUGCGAAGUCGCCUGCAGGUGCGAGUGCUCAAGGAGAACUGGGAGAAGAAGGACACGGUGGACGAGAAGGGCAUCAUCCUGACCAAUAAGGACUUGGAGACCAGCCAUAAAGCCAUGCAGCAUCAGGUUCUUAACGAGGUGGUGGUGGACAGAGGACCCUCCUCCUACCUGUCCAACGUGGACCUCUUCCUGGACGGACACCUGAUCACCACGGUGCAGGGAGACGGUCUGAUCGUUUCCACGCCGACGGGCAGCACGGCGUAUGCGGUGGCCGCCGGCGCCUCCAUGAUCCACCCCAACGUCCCGGCCAUCAUGAUCACCCCCAUCUGCCCUCACUCCCUCUCCUUCAGACCCAUCGUGGUGCCGGCCGGAGUGGAGCUCCAGAUAAAGCUGUCCCCUGAUGCCAGGAACACGGCCUGGGUGUCGUUUGACGGCAGGAAGAGACAGGAGAUCUGCCACGGAGACAGUAUCACCAUCACCACUUCCUGCUUCCCUGUUCCCUCCAUCUGCUUCCGAGACCCGGUGAACGACUGGUUCGAGAGCCUGGCCACGUGUUUACACUGGAACGUGAGGAAGAAGCAGAACUACCUCAGCUCGGAGGACGAAGAGUUCUGAAGGACCGCUGCUUUCGCCCGCCGCCGCGUUUCCAGGAAUUCAAAGUGCAGUGAUUUCGGACAUGUAAUCAAAAAGGAAAGCGGCACACUGCAACUCUUGGGUCGGCGUUGAACCCAAAUGCUCAGUCACGUGGCGUCGUAGUGCUCUUGUUGGUUUGCUCCGAAACUUUUUCCAUAUUCAGGGAGACAUGUUUUUUUUUUUUUUUGUUGUUUCUUUUGAAGGAAAUCAACUCUCUCUGCUGAAGCAAAGACCAAACUGCACUAGAGUAGAAAAACUCCAGUUCAUGUUUAACUAAGAACUAAUGAAAGUUGCUUUAGCUGAAUCCAGGGGCCCAACUGUGCACAAUGUGCCUUAAACACUGCUAUCAUCAGCAUAAAGUGAUAUUUUGAGGUUACCAAAUUUGUGUUGUUUUUUUUUCUACGUAACAUUUGCCAUGUUUGAAUUUCCUGUUAGAACUGAACUCAUGGCUUCGUUUUAGAUUGUUUACUGAAUCAAAGGAGGCACAAAGACGUUGCGAGCAACUUCUGACUGAUGUCUGGUUUUAAAGAUUUUUCCUUUUAAGCAUUCGCCAAACAUUUUAAAACCUACAUUGUUUUUAGACCGAUGUCUGUGGGCUCUGCGAUGGUCUGUGUGUGAAUGUUGAGGGAUUGUUACAAGCUUGUGCAGCCUACGCAGUGCGUUCUGUAAGGUGGCCUCCGUUACAGGUCUGUCUGCCGACCGUCCAGAUGUGGGUUUUAAAUCGACUCAACAGAUCAAAUCAUUCCUCUUAACCCUGUACAUACAUGUAAAACGUUAAUAAGCUGUUGUUUUGUAUAAUAAUGUUUAUUCACAGGUACAGUGUAUUAUUGAAAAUAAAUCUAUUUGCUACUUUUUAUACAGCGAUGAGUUUGUCACCUGUUGAUUUUUUUUUGUCGACGUGGAAGCAGUCUAGUGUCUGACGAUCCGUUAGAAAAGCAUUCCAGGACAGAUGAGAUUUGUCUGACUUUUAACAGGAAAGAGAGCAGCUGGUUCGUCACCAGUGUUGGACUCAACUGUUCUCCGUAAAGUGCUUUUCACUUUUGUAACCGAGAGCCUGCAACUCUAACUUUUGUAUUGGCAAGUUUGAUAAAUGUUUCCAAGCUUUUUUUUUUUUCCCAUAACACCUUAAUAAACAGAAAGUUGAAGCAGAAA